AAGCAAUUGGCAAACAUCGACUCAAGAGCAUACUAUGGGACAGGAAAUAGUGUGUUUGUCAGAAAUUAAUAAUAAAUAAUGCUUGUAAAGUAGAAACAGUGUAUUUGUGUAUAUUUUAAUAGAAGUGGUUUAAAAGAAUUUGGCUACAUCAAAACAUCGGUUGCAUGGGAGGGUCAGAGUUGCCAUAGAGACAUUUAGAAGUGUUUAACCACAACCAGGCAAGGCCACCUGAAUCUUUGCUCAAGGGAGAAAAAUCAACAGGAACAUGGCGUCCGAGCCAGGGGCCGGGUUUGAUUCAAAAGGCAUUGGCCUGCGAGCCCAGAAAAAGCUGCUGGGGAAGAUGUCCAGCAAGAAGAUAGCAAAAGUCUUCAUUGAUGACACAACUGCCAGGGUUCUCGACAAUGCUUUCAGAAUACUUAAAGAAUAUUUGCCCGCUAAAAAGGAUGCGGACAAGAUUCUCAAAUAUCUGAUAAAAACUGUUGUAAAAAUUGGCAUUCUCUACAGAAAUGACCAGUUUAACGCUGAGGAGUUGAAACUUGCUGAAUUGUUUAAGCAAAAGUUUCGAUCUGUUGCCAUGACACUGGUGAGCUUCUACACUGUAGACUUUACGUAUGACAAGCAGUUUCUACGACAUACAACAGAAGAAUGUCACACGUUACUGCAACAGCUAAUCAAGCGUCAUUUGACUGACAAGUCAAAAUCUCGGGUGGAUAUAAUCUUUGACACUUUCAAUGAUCCUGCGCUUAUGGAUGCUAUAUUUACGUCAGGAAAAUUCAAGGAAUUCAUGGACAAAAUAACAACUGACCUGAACACACUGAUGGAUGAGGGAAGCUUGUGAAAUCAGAGAUUUGUUUUGUAGUACACUUGCCAAUGUGAUGCAAACAUAUUUACUGCCUUUCUAUGAAAUCUAUGCACAUUCCGUCAAAACUGCUAUAAAAUGUUUGCACAAUUGAUAUAAUAACUUUCACAUCUUAUAAAAGGGUCAUUUGAAUACAUUUUUUGUGCUAUGUUAACAUCUCUUUCUUAUGAAUUUCUAGUAAUGAUUAUGAUGAUGCUUGCAGUUUCUGUGCAAAGAAUAUUCUCCAAAGCCAAGAAAAUGACCUUUUCCAAGUGGCAAUUACCUUAUACAUUAGAUCUGCUAUUUCCAUGAAGUGUUCAUUGCUGCUGUAAUUUUGUAUCCUUUUAGUCACAUUAUUUUGAGCAUGUUACAGAUAGAGUUAUGUAAUAUAAUUACACAUUUUACAGCUGAAGAGGUACUUUGGCCAAAUGUAGCGAAACUCUUCCAUUUAAAUCUAAAUAUAAGAACCUUUUACUGUUUUAAAUAGAAUGAAGUUAAAUUACCAGAGAAAUAACAACUUCUUGUAAUCUGACCUUUGGCUGGUGUGAAAAUGUAAUUAUUCUCUAACAAUUUUUAAAAAAUCAUCACAAUCUACAAACCUGCAUGAAAUCUUUAUACUACUGACCUGCAAUCAUGGAAAACUGCCCAAAAUAAAAAUGUAAAAAAUGAUCAUUAUGUAGAGCAGGUAGCUGGUUUAUCAAGAAUCCUUGGAAUGAUUGUGUACUUAGUGAGAGAUGUUCACCAGUGCACUCACUGUACUCACCGUAUCUCACAAGACCUUCACAUGAAACAUAGUAUAUAAUUAUGUCACCAGUGACAAUGUGUUCUACAUUUGCAUCAAGGCAUAUAACUCUGGCUAUAAUAAAAGUGGAAUUAUGCCCAUAUAUGGACAGUAAAACAACAGUAGACUUGGAAUAUCUGUGAUUCCCUUGUUAUUGUUUAAUGAUGAUGGGAGAGAAAUCUUUAUUAUAACAAACUUGUAAUCAGCGGCGUUCGAGCUGUCCCAUUUUGGUCCAUAAUUAUGAAAACAGUAGGGACAUUACCAUUCAUCUCACCACCAUUCAUUUCGGUCUUGCUGCUAAUUGGGCGAAAUGAGAUUGCCAAGCCAUUAAGUAACGUGGGAAACAUCCUGCAUUCAAGUAAUAAGAAAUAAUAAGGUAGUUUUUGGGAAAUAAGACAAUGACUUGAUGGUGCUGUAUUAGUUUGUAACACUGAGUAUAAGAAUGAUUGUUUAUGCCUGUAUAGAGCCAUCUGUCAUCAUUAUAUGUAAAAGCCGGACUGCCAUUGCUGCUAUAAAUGUUUUAUCAUGAUACAUUGCGUUGUUCAUUUGAUACCUGAAAAGUAAAAAUCAGUAGCAUGCACAACUUGCAAUCCCAUGAGGGAUGACAAUUAUUACCACUCUUUAUGCAUUUAUGUCACUAUAGAAUUUUCCAUUUUGUUGAAAUCUUAUAUUUUCAGUAAAAAAAAGUAUUUGGAAAGUGUAAGUGUUGAAAUUGCUGUUAUGUUUACAAAGUUUAUGUAUUAUGAAAACCUAUGGAGUUAUAAAUGUGUUCAUGAUUAACAAUUUGUCUGAGUAUGUAUCUGGGCUGUUAACUACUGUCUCAAAAUGUUGAGACCACUGCAGCUACUGCAGAAUUAACAAGUUUUGUAUCAGCAUGACAUUGGGCGGAUUGUACAGAACCUUGUUAAAAUUAACAUUAACUUCACCAUUGUUCACUUUGAAAUCUUAACUUCUCUGGGGGUUAUGGACACGUUGGUGAUCUGCAAUACUUCUUACACCUUUUGAGACAACUGUUUCAACUGUGCUUGUUUUAUCUAAAAAUAUCAGCGAGUCUUAAAUAUUUUACGGUACAUUUGAAAGUUAACAACACUGUUAUUAAUCACAUUGUUAACUUUUGCGAAAUUCCGAACAAUCAGCUCAUUUUGUCAUGUUUCAUUGCAUGAGGUAACAGUUUAUAAAGUAUUUUAACAAGUGAAUAAUGAAUCUUGUAAAUGUUUUGUAUAUAAUUAUCAAUAUGACACCAUGUUAUUCUAGGUAUUGUACAUGUUUAAAUACUACAAGUACAAGGUAAUAAUAUCCUUUGAGAACCACUUAUAGAUGUAACUUAAUAACUUAUUGUUAAUCAAUAUACACCAUAUUGCUUUGUUAAUGGGCGUUUUCAGUGUUAAUUGUCAGAUCUAUUCUUGAAUAUGUUUUAUUUUCUAAUAUUUUAGAGAAAUGUAGAAAAAAUUGUUUUUUUACAAACCAUCCAGAAUUUUGCCAAAAAAGCAUGCACCAUGACAUUUGUUGAUUUUUGCAUUUUUGAUAAAAGGUACAUUCUGUGAGAUCACAUUGUGUAACAGCUAUGAGGUUAAAGGCAGACCUUUUCUGCUGUGCCACUUUUCACCAGUUUUAUUGUUUUUGAUGUUUGUUUUUUUAACAGUCUCUGAUAAAAAAUUUAAUUUUAUGAUAGAUAUAAUGGUUAUUUAACGAUUCAUAGUAAUUUAUAUGUGUAAAAUGCUGGACACUGUAAGUGAAAAUGAUAUGGAAACCGAUCUGACAUAAUGUGCCUUUACGUCGAACACAUACAUGGUAUGAUUAUUAUAACCAGAGAAACAAUCACAAAGUCAGGGUAUAUAUUUCUUGAACAGGGCUUGCUUCUCUUGAAUUGCCAAACAAGACCAAAACCAUUAUUAUUAUACAAUUUAAAUGUCAGUUGCUUUUUACAUGCUGGCAUAUAGACUUCUUCUGAGGAAUGAAAGUGCCAUUAUAGAAACUUUGGAAAAUGAUCUGAACAUUUUUUGCUGUCAAAAACUGUCUAAAGUAUCCCUGUUUACUGUCAUCGUUAUCCAAGAUUUCAUUUUGUUUCCUUUGGGUUUAAAUAUAAGAUUAACAUUAUCUGUUAUAUGAAUUUGAGUGAUUUUAUUUUUUUCACUUACCCGAUUGGAAAUACCCCCACCGAAAGGCAAUGGGAUGUUAAUGGUGUGAGUUAUUCUGCCCAUUGGUCUGUCACACACAAUAAGAGGGCAAAAUGCAUAUAGGAUAAAUGUUUAUAUUAAUGUAAGAUCGCAAAAUAUAUAUCACUAAGUGAACACUCAAAGCUAUUUUUUUACAAGUGGCAUAAUCACAAAUGAAAUAUGUCAUACUUUUGGUGUUCACUCGGAACACUGAAACAAGCAUUUUAUUAUUAUUAUUAUUUUUCAGUGUUGGUGAAAUUGUGCCCCAGGCUUGUUUGCGCUGACGUUUGAUUUGGACAUGAUAUUAUGCUAAAAUUUAAAAACUGAAAUAUUUAUAUAUAUAUCAAACUGAUAUUUUCACUGUUUUAAAUGGCAUAAUAUCAAGGUUUUUUUUAAAUUUUACUGGUGAAUCUCUUUAAACAACUGGAAAGCAUAUAAUUUAACGUGAUCUUUCAUGAUUUCAAAUUGAUCACACUUGGUUUCUUGCCAUUUACUAAGAUGCAGUGUUUGAGAUUUGACAGUAUUAGAAAGAAUCAGCUGCAGAAUGUUUUUGUAUGACAAAUCUGAUGCUCUGCAGGGAUCUCACCAUCUACACUAAAAUAUCUGUUUGUCACUUUAUUUUUUGCAAUUGAAGAAAUGUUUAGCCACAGUAUUUUCAUGUUACCAGUUUAUAGCAGAGUUCAAUGAUGUAGCAGAAAAAGAAAGCUGUAACUUAAUAAUUAUUGAAAAUGUGUGAUAUUUUUUCUAACAUACAUGUACAACUCUUGUUUUGCGAUAUUAUUAUUAUACAGUUACACACUGAUGAUUUGUUUUGUAUACUGUUUUAUAGAUGGUAGAAGGUGAAUGUCACUUUUUAUGUUUCUAUAAAUGGAAUAUACACUGAUAUUGUCAACCUGUAAGUGUUUAAUAAUGUGCUAUAAGUUAUAAUCUUCCUUCAAAAAACAAUCGUUUUACAUAAUAUUUGAUGCAGUAUGCCCAAAAACGCUAAGAUAAGAAAAUGUUGUCACUUUCAUGAAUUUUACUUCCAGUCGCUUAUAUAUGUCAUGGCACACAUCAUGAAUGAUGUCACUUCCUGUAACACAUGUGGGGUUUGUUUACAAUAAUAUAUUUUUUUGGCCUUGUAUAUAACUUUCUAUGGUUUGUCAGGUGGUAGCUUCUCAACCAAUCAAAACGGCGGAAAUGCAUUAAGCAAUGUUCUGACUUGACAGUAAUAAUUCAGUUCAUCAGUGAGAGUGAUGUCAUUUUUUGAACAUUGUAUUCCUAGGCAGAGUCACAUUUUCAAAGUACAUGACAUAGUUAAAUUUAUAAACUUAAAUGCAUGGUUUUCUGGAAUCAUUUAAAUGUAUAAGAUUAUGACAGAUGAUGGAGCCAUUUCAUCAAUAAUGCUAGGAGCAUUUCCUGCUGUAGGAAACUCUUUCAAAGUGCAGUAUUAUAAAUACUGUUGAAAAUCCCUCCUAGAUUCGAAAUAACAUCUAGUAUUCUUGAUGAAACAGUCCCUUGUGAUCUUAAUUUACCAUUUUGUCAAACAAAAUAAGCAACAUGCCGUACUGAAGGCUAAUGUUAAAUGCCCCCUUCUACCUGAGGAUCAGUGCUAUCUGUGGUGUUUAGGAGCCAAAAAAUUAUAUGUAAAUGUGUUUAUUAAGUUUUUAAAAUGUAAUUGUCAAUAUUGUUGUCAAUUUGUAUAUACUAUUUUAUCUGUUUUCCUAAUGCUAUGUUUUACACACUCUUUAUAACCAGUCACCAAAUGUUAAUCAUGCAAAAGUGUCAGAGAAAUGUCGUUGAUGUAAAGGUCUGAUCACUGUCCUGUUUGUUAACCCUUUGUCUGUGAUCUCUGGUUGAUGCAAUAAGAUUAGAAAUAUGGAAAUAUAGUUAGUUCUUUAUCUACAUUGGUGCUAAUUUCCAAUAAUUAUUACAGGUUUUAUAUCUGUAUUUCUAACAGGAAUAAGAACCAACAGAGCAUUUCAUAUAGUUACAUGAGAAUUUCGAACAUUGACUCUUAUGAAACCUCGUAAACACUUAGCUUAUGUAUAAUAGGAGGAACAUAGGACUUGUGUUAUGAAGUUGUUACUUUAUUAUGCAUCUGUUCAGUAUUCCAAGAAAUGCUUUGAUAUGUUCUCAUUCAUCUGCUCAGUAUUCCUAGAAAUGCUCUGUUGAAAGUUGCUGCUGGUUUUCAUAUACAAUUCACUAUGUGCUAAUAGUCUUAUAUUUAUUACAUGUUUUGCUAUAGGUCUUUGUUAUUUCUGAACUAUGUCUCUAUUGACUUCAGACACCAUUGCCUUAACACUGCUAUAAAGCACAUAAAAGCUUCUGUGAAAAUAAUACGGUAAUACUUGACAUGUGCACUCAUUAUUCAACAUUUAUGUAGUAACAUAUAAAAAAAAAAAGUUUGUGAAUUAGUAGACAUGAUUUUAAGAUUCAACCUGUGAAUAUGUUUUCUUCAGUUGUAGUUGUAACUCCAUUUAGAUUAUGAAUGUAGUUGAAAAGAGGUGGCUGAUAUUUCAUCUUCUCUUAUAUGAAAGAGAAUGGAACAUGAUCAAUGCAAAUGUUUGGGAUAUUUCAGAAGCAUCCACAUAAUAAUGCAUAUUAUGGAUACAUGGAUGUCCUCAGUCCAUAUUAUUUCCCCGACUACAAAUUAUCUGUCAGGACUGUAAUUUACAUGAUUGCAUGCAUAAAACUAACAAUGACUGUUUUCUGUAGUUCAUACACUUAAGUGCAUAUUCCUUGAUAUCUUUUAUCACCGAAAAAUACAAAUGUGUAGUUUUAUUUUGUAUACAGUUAUUUGCAUCGACAAUAUAGUAUGUAAUAAAGACUGUAUUUUAUGUUUAUAUGUUAUACAAAUAAAUUCUGCACUGUA